CCCUCCUCCAUUUCGCCGCCGACGUUAAUGUUUUGGCCGCCGACGCCGACGCCGACGCCGACCUGCCCUCCCCCUUUUGGCCGCCGACGCUGCGCUCCGCUCUCCCCCUCCGACUCCCUCGCCAGCGUCUCGGCCGGUCCUGCCCCGCCACCCACAUCCGUCUUGGUGAACGACGGCGGCGCCGCCGCCGCCGCCGCUGCGGUACGGACCUUCCCCCCGCCCCGACGGCGGCGUGACCCGGAGGCGCCCGCUCAUCGGCAACGACAAGGGCCCCCUCCUCCAAAGAGGUCGAGAGAUCCUCCGACAAGGCCACCACCCCUCCUCCUCCACUCCCGUCCCAGAUUAGUUCCUCCUCGUAGGGGCUGGGGAUCACCAUUGAGGCGAGUAAGGUUGGAUUCAUCCUGUUCAUCAUUACCCAGUCCUCUAGCAAAGGCACCAAGACGGGUUUCAAGGAGUCAUAGCCUUAGAAGGCCUCCAAGAGGAAGCAGCGGCUCGAGCGACAGCAGGAGCAGCAGCUUGCCUUCCCCAAAGAGCAGGAAGAAAGAAACUCGUGACGUGUGUUGUUCCUCAAGAUGGAACCAGCCCUUGUGGAUGAAAAACUUAUUCCUUGGGAGUUAAACAGGUUUAAGUUGAAAGCAUUAGGUAAUGGUGAUGUCAUUGCUCAUUAUCAAAUCAAUAAGCCUUCAGAUCUCACUGCAACUGCUCAGUUAUCACCGAAGGAUAGGCCUCUAGUCUGUUUGGAUCUAAAAGAGUCAGAAAAUUUGCCUAAGAUAUUAAUUAUGAAUCUGAGGCAUCGUAAUAUUUUACGAGUUGAAGUUGUACAAAGAUUGGAACUGCCGGUCUUGAACCAGAAAAACUUUGCUGUUGU